GGUACUUUGAAAGCGUCUAAACUAGCUGUAACCACUGAAAUGAUCUCACUGACUGCAAACAAGUUAAGUGUUUAAAUCAGCGAGUUUAUAUCUACUGACAUAUCCUUGCGUUUUAAAAGGGAACAGAGCUUAAUCAGAACCUCUACUUGCUGCUUCUUGUUGAGGACUAAUUAACCUGCAGCUAAUGUCAGCUACCAAACAUCAACAGGAAGUAACGGACUAGCUAAAUUCAGAUGUCUUGCACUUCGGUUUCUUCAGGCAUGAACUGUACCUUAGAGAAGGUCCUGGCAGAUGCCAAAUCGUUAGUGGAAAGGCUUCGUAACCAUGACAACGCUGCUGAGAUGUUAAUCGAACAGACAACAUCGCUCAACAAGCGAGUGGAGGCCAUGAAGCAGUACCAGGAGGAGAUUGACUCACUGAACCAGGUUGCACGACAUCGUCCCCGUUCUAGUUUGGUCCUGGGAAUCCAACAGGAAAACCGUCAGAUCAGAGAACUCCAGCAGGAGAACAAAGAGCUACGGACGUCGUUGGAGGAACAUCAGUCUGCGUUAGAGCUCAUCAUGACCAAAUACAGGGAGCAGGUGUUCAGGCUCCUCAUGGCCAGCAAGAGGGACGACCCAACCAUCGUGACCCAGCUGAAGGAGCAGCACACCACGGAAAUGCAAGCCCACAUAGACAAGAUCAAUGAGAUGGCCUCCGUGAUGAGGAAGGCGAUAGAGGUGGAUGAUGGGCGGACAUGUGAAGACGAGGAGAGGAUUAAACAGCUAGAGAUGGAGAACUGUGGACUCCGAGAGCUGCUGGGAAUCAGUCGCGAAGCUUUCCUGAUUCUGAAAAGAGAAGACACAUCCGAGAGUACGUCACUGUCGCCAUUACUGACCAGUGCUGACGUCAGCUUGCGAAAGAGUUAAGAGCUCACGGGGACUGACCAACCCCCUGCCCCUACCGCUGCCACUAUUGUGUAUAGUGUGUACAGUCUUUGCCACAUACCACUUCACCUGUCACCCAACAGAUUCCUCGAUCCUCUCCUUCCUCUUUUCUCCUGGAGCAUUUUCAGCGUUGGUUUUUUUGUUGGUACUUCUGUUAUGUAAUUCUGUAAUUUUGCCAGCAUAUAUGAGUCUGUGGUGUCUGCAAGGUUUUAAUGUGUGAAUGAGUAAAAGAAGAGCUUGAGUUGAAAUAAAUCUAUAAACUGA